ACACUGAGCGUAAACACUGAGGGGCUUUCGAAUACUUCUUAUACUUGUAGCCUUGCACGAAGCCUUACUUUGGUCAGGCAAGGCUAUAACCAGAUUUGUAAUGCAGAAAAGUAGUGGAGAAAGGGGCUUCGCUAAGCAACUCUUAACUCCAUGGCUCGGUCUCGCACUGGGAGCUCAAAGGCCGAGGAAAGUCAGCCUCGCCGCAUAUAUGACCAAUAAUCCUUUGAGAAUACAACAUUUCGCUAGACAAUUGGAUCUCAGACCGAUUGCAGAUAUUUGCAUAUCCGAAGAAUCGAGGCGAGGACCACAGACAUACCUAGGUAACUGUCGUGUUCGGCAGUGUUGACGCAAGGCUAUGAAUGAUUUUGAGAAUGGUUGAGGUAUUCUUACGAAGAUAUCAGAGGUAUCGCGAUGGCUGAAGGAACUUUCUGUUGGACUCAAUGACG